AUGUCAGAUCCAAGUUCUAUUAAUGGUGGUUCCGUUGUUGCAAUGGUCGGUAAAGACUGUGUUGCCAUCGCUUCAGAUUUACGUCUAGGUAAUCAAUCCUUAGGUCUUUCAAAUAAAUUCGAAAAAGUUUACAAUUAUGGUCAUGUUUAUCUAGGGCUAACAGGUUUAGCCACUGAUGCUAUCACAUUAUCAGAAGUUUUCAGAUACAAAACAAAUCUUUAUAAACUAAGAGAAGAAAGACAAAUUGAACCAGAAUCUUUUGCAAACCUAGUGUCAUCAACAUUAUAUGAAAAAAGAUUUGGUCCUUAUUUCAUUGGACCAGUUGUUGCUGGUAUUAACUCUAUAACAGAAAAACCAUUUAUUUGUGGAUUUGAUUUAAUUGGUUGUAUUGAUUUUGCAAAAGAUUUUAUAGUUAGUGGUACUGCUACAGAACAACUUUAUGGUAUGUGUGAAUCCCUAUAUGAACCAAACUUGGAACCAGAAGAUUUGUUUGAAACAAUCAGUCAAUCCUUAUUAAAUGCUGCUGAUCGUGAUGCUUUAUCAGGUUGGGGUGCUGUUGUGUAUAUUAUUACGAAGGAUAAAGUUGUGAAAAGAUAUUUGAAAUCACGUCAAGAUUAG